AUGAUUACAGGCAAUCUGUUCAGAAAGGUUUAUCCUUUGAAAUUUGGAUUCUCCACUUCCUAUGCUGAAUUAAUAGCUUCUAAUAAGGCUAAUAGAGUGUAAGAUGUGGGAAGUUUGAAAGAGUUGUUAGAUUCAAUUUAUUAAACUAAACCAUAUUUACAUUGCAUUAUCUUCAACUAAGUUGGACACCCAUACUAUUCAAAAGUGAACGAAAUGUACAAUGAAAUUUCUAAUUAAUUCGUUGGUUUUAAAUUCUAUAGGAUUAAUGUCGACAAUCUAGAUAAGACAGCCCAAUUCUUUGGAGUCAAAAAUCCUCCAACUUCACUAAUAUAUGGUCUAGGCUCCCCAUUAGCCAAGCAUGUGGGCCUGGGAGUGAAAAAUCUCUAAAUCAAACUAGAGACAUCAUAAGCGUUAACCCAUAACACUGAUUUCAUUCCAGGCACUGAGUAAUGGGAAGGUCCAUAAGAUUUGUGGAGGGCAAAUUAUCAAGAUGAGUAAGAGCCAUUCGAUUAUUUUGCCCGUUGAUUUCAUUAGAUCAUGCAUACAACAACAUAUAACACCUUUUAUUAUUUUUCGAA